AUGUCGUCACAACCCCUCACCGACAAACCCAAACCACUCAGCGGUCGUAUCGCAAUUGUGACCGGUGCAUCACGUGGAAUCGGCAAAGGUAUCGCUGUUCAGCUCGGUGAAGCCGGUGCAAAGGUCUACAUUACAGGCCGUGAACCGUCAAAAUCCUACGCGGCUCAACAAGAGGGUCUUCCAUCGUUGAAUGACACAGCUGAGGAAAUCAAGAACCGUGGUGGUGAGGCAGUUCUGGUCUAUUGCGAUCAUUCGAAUCCAGAUGACGUUAAGAAGUUAUUUGACAAAGUUGCGUCAGAAUGCGAUCAGAAACUCGAUAUUCUUGUCAAUUGCGCUUUCUCCGGAGCACCGAGUAUUUUGGAAGGCGCAGGCAAGAAGUUUUAUGAUUUUGAUCCACUUGUAUGGGAUGAAGUGAAUAACGUUGGUUUGCGUAAUGUGUACAUCUGUUGUGUUUAUGCGGCACGCUUGAUGGUGCCUCAGAAAAGAGGUCUCAUCGUGAACAUAAGCUCAACUGGCGGUCUUCAUUACUUCUUCAAUGUCGUCUACGGAGUUGGAAAAGCCGGGAUGGACCGAAUGGCCACUGAUAUGGCCGUUGAGUUGAAAUCCGAUGGAAUUUGUUCAGUAUCGCUUUGGCCAGGUGCCGUCAAGACUGAGCUGUUCAAAAAAAUGGUUGAUUCGGGCAAAUUGUCUGAACUGAGUGGUAUGGAAAUCAAGCAGACGUUAGCAGUCAUCACUUUAGUAAGCACCCAUCAACUGAUCAUAAUAGAAGUGCCUCUGUAUGGUGUCAUGAUGAGUUCAUCCAGUUCGAUUUCGUGCAUCUUAUCAGAGUUUUUGUUUUGUAAUUUCCGUCGUAUUACGAUUAUUAUGGUAGUGAAUGUUGAGGAUCUCGCUGAACGGUUUUACAAAAAUGCUGAAACACCGGAAUUUGUGGGACGUGGUGUGGUUGCGUUGGCAUGCGAUGAGAAUGUGAUGAAGAAAAGCGGUCGUAUUCUUUUAACGUCGGAUUUGGGACAAGAAUACGGCUUUGUUGAUAUCGAUGGCAAUACACCAUCGCAUAUACGCAGUAUCAGUGGUGCGCUAGAUUUGGCCGGAUGGAGUCGUCUAGCGAAAUUCGUGCCAAAGUUUCUACGAUUUCCAUACUGGGCACUUCAUAUGUCCUCAAAUAAAUUCUAA